AGCGCACAAGUAGUGGACGCACUGCAAUCUCCGCUUAAAAACGUCAUUGCUGUCAGGACUCAGGAACUCAACCUGUUCAGUCAGAAAGCCCUAAACAGAAGCGGAACACUCAUGAAACUCCAUAUUUCACCUUAAUUUAUCACAUCUUCUGUCAUGGAACAAGCGAAGCAGGAAGCCUUUGAUCACACCAGGCUGCAGGUGAUCAAAGAUGGGUACGAGAAGGCAUUUGCAUGCAUCAAUAAAGGUCUUACCGAGGAUGAGGUGGGCCACAGUGGAGAGGCGCUAAAACUGUACCAACAAGGGCAGCAACACCUCCUCAGGGCUCUCAGCGUUCCCUCGCAUGGCAUGGAGUGUGUAGGUCCCUCCUGGGAAUCAGCUAGGCAGAUGCAACACAAGAUGCAGGAGACCCUCAACAACAUUACCGCUCGCCUAGGCAUGCUCGAAACCAGCUCAGACCCCAAUGGAGUCUCGGAUAGCAGUGCAGCCCCUCAGAAACUCUACCCUGAAGUCCUAAAGGUCAAGCCGGAAAGGCCGGCUCCACCACAGAUGCUUGCUUCUAACAGCAGGGUUGCAGGGGUUUCGAGUGGGCCUGUUCCGGUCGCUCCCUCAAUGCAGCUCAAUAUGUUAAGCAACCAGCCUCCUGCAUACACCCCUCAAGCUGCUGAUGGACACCUGACCGUUUCCUAUGGCACUGACUCAGGCGAGCUCUCUCUGGUUGGUGAUGAGUUCUACAGCCUUACGUCUAAUUCUACAACACCUCCUCAGUGUCUGGGGGAGGAUGGAGAGGAACUCUUUUUCCUUCCUCAAGGGGUGCAGAUCUUCCUGGUUACACCUGAGGGACAAGUCAGUGCUCCCUCUUACCCAGGGUACCUGCGCAUUGUAAAGUUUACCAGUGAGCGAUCAGAAAGGAUUCCAAACAGGCCACCCGCCUUCCUACAGGUUUGCGGCUGGCUUUACCCAUUGAUGGCCUCUGAUUCCCCAGUCCUGCUGUGCAAUACUGGGGUGUACAUGUUCCCUGACAUGAUGGCUCCCACCCCGGGCUUGUAUGUUGGGGUGGUCCUUUCUUCUGAGCUUCCCCAAAAAGAACAUGAACUCUUCCAGAGUGUUCUUUCUCAGCUGACAGACCUGCAUGUCCAGGCAUCAGAUGGCACAACCGAUACCAUCAACCUGGGUCAGAAGGUUCCGAUGGGGCCUCCUGCUGCUGAAGAGGAGAAGGUACUUCCUGAAUGGAGCGGGAAGGUGGCUCAGGGGGUCCUGACUGGGGCUUCACGGCUGAGCUGGGGGUUAGUGAAGGGGGCUGAGUACACAGGCAAAGCCAUACACAAAGGUGCAGCCAAACUACGAGAGCACAUCGCUCCAGAAGACAAACCAGCCCAAGUCAGCCCCACAAUAGCCAAAAGCCUCCAUGUGACCAAACAAGCCACAGGAGGAGCAGUGAAGGUCAGCCAGUUUCUUGUGGAUGGGCUGUGCACAGUCACUGGACAUGUCGGCAGAGAGUUGGCACCCCAUGUUAAGAAACACGGAGGGAAGCUUAUCCCAGAGUCCCUGAAGAAAGACAAGGAUGGCUGCUCCAAGAUUGAUGGUGCUAUGGUGGUUGCAGCAAGUGGAGUUCAAGGAUUUGCAACUGUUUGGACCGGGUUGGAGGUUGCAGCAAAGAACAUUGCAAAGAGUGUUGCUGCAGAGACUGUUACCACGGUAAAACAUAAGUAUGGGGCAGAAGCGGGCCAGGCCACAGAUCACGCUGUCAACUCGGCCAUCAAUGUGGGCGUCACUGCAUUUAAUAUCGACAACCUGGGGAUCAAGGCAGUGGUCAAGAAGACUGGCAAAGAGACUGCCCGUGCCAUCCUGGCAGACUAUAAAGUCCAAGAGCCGAGCAGUCAAGUUGAGAAACAUAAAGACCAAAAGUAGAGUUUAGAUUCAGACCUCUCGUUUCAGGUGUCUAUUUUGAAGAGUUAACCAAAUGACUGAUGAAAUGGACUGAUCCUUUUCCUGUUUUACAGUGAAUGCUUUUGUUGUUAUUUGUGACUGACACUGAAAGACUUUCCUACAGUUAGUUGUGCCGUCAUGUUUACUAUUUUCACAGUGUCAUGGGGGAAUUGGUAAAUGCACUUAAAAAAAAAUUCCCUUUAAAGUUGACAGACAGCCCUGCUGGACAUUAUUCCUGAUGUUGCCUUACACUUAACCAGCAAUUUAUUCAACAUAUCACCAAUUAUUUUACUCUGUAUUAAUCUUAAGUAGUGUUGCAAGGUUUGUGUCUUUGAAAUGAAAUAUACAGUAAUAUAUAUAUAUAUACUGUAUAUAAGCACUUUAACCCCUAUUAGGAACAGACAUAGAAAUUUCUUCCAGAUGAAGGGUUCUAGGUUUUCUUGUGUAUAAGUGCAAUAAAAAUAUAAUUGCACUUGCAUUUGGAGUAUGAUAUAGAGGACAGAUAUUAGAAAUCUGUUUAUUCACAAGCCAGAAAAAAAAUCUAACUUUUUGGAAAACAUUUAAAAAUUAUAGUAUUUUACAUUUUAACAUAUGCAUUUAAUAUUAAUAAUAUAAUAUUUUAAAUUAAUGAGGCUUAUAUUUAAUAUUAACUGCAUUAAACUGUAAAAUGCCAUAUAUUAUUUAUUGACUCAAAACAUCUCAAUGCUUUUAUUCCCCGUGAAAACUGUUGACAAUGACUGCACUUUUUCUUUAAAUUUGACUACUGACUGUGUUUCUACUGUGUUUCUAUAAAUUAUAUAUAAAUAUAAGCUUAAAGUUCCAUAACAUUUCACUGAAAGAAUUAUCAGUUGAAUUAAGAGUUGUUAAUUCUUGAUCCAUUAUAUAUGUCUCAUUUGAAUGUAUGGAAAACAUAAUGUGUAAGUUUAAUCACAAGUCAAUAGGUUUGCUCAGUGACAAAUAAUAUAAUAGCCUAUGGGUAUCUGACAUAAUAAAUGAAACAUUUAAAACAUU